AUGUCGGAGACUGCUCCUGUUGUUCCUGCUGUUCCCGCACCUACAGAGAAAACACCUGUUAAGAAGAAGACGAAGAAAACGGGCGCAGCUGCUGGAAAACGCAAGGCGUCCGGGCCCCCGGUGUCCGAGCUCAUCACCAAGGCUGUCGCCGCCUCCAAGGAGCGCAGCGGCGUGUCCUUGGCCGCGCUGAAGAAAGCGCUGGCGGUCGCUGGUUAUGACGUAGAGAAAAACAACAGCCGCAUCAAGCUGGGGCUUAAGAACUUGGUGAGCAAGGGCACCCUGGUGCAGACCAAGGGCACUGGCGCCUCAGGUUCCUUCAAGUUCAACAAAAAGGCGGCCACCGGGGAAACCAAGCCCAAGGCUAAGAAGGCAGGCGCGGCCAAGCCCAAGAAGGCUGCUGGGGCAGCUAAGAAGCCCAAGAAGGCCACGGGCGUGGCCACCCCCAAGAAGGCCGCUAAGAAGACCCCUAAGAAAGCCAAGAAGCCGGGGGUGGCUGCUGGGGCCAAGAAAGUGGCCAAGAGCCCGAAAAAGGCGAAGGCAGCCAAGCCGAAGAAGGCGGCUAAGAGUCCGGCCAAGGCCAAAGCCCCCAAAGCCAAGGCAGCCAAGCCUAAAGCUACCAAACCCAAGGCUACAAAGGCUAAGAAGGCGGUCUCCAAGAAGAAGUAA